CGGUGCCCAGCAGUGCCCACACACAAAUUCCGCCCACCUGUGCCCAGCAGUGCGUCCACCUGUGCCCAGCAAUGCACCCACCUGUGCCCAGCAGUGCGCCCACCUGUGCCACCCAGCAAUGUCACCACCUGUGCCCAGAAGUGUCACCUACCUGUGCCCAGUAGUGCCACCCACCUGUGCCCACCCACCUGUGCCCAUCAGUGCAGCCCAGCAGUGCUGCCAGUCAGUGCCACCAGUCAUCAGUGCUACCUAUCAGUGCUGUCUAUCAGUACCCAUUAUCAGUGUUGCCUAUCAGUGCCACCUAUCUGUGACACCUCAUUAGUGCUGCCUAUCAGUGCCGCCUAUCAG